CGAGCUCAAUUUAUUAUAAAUAAGCUGUUGUUCAUGUUACUGUUAUCUGUGUGUAUUUUUUGACCUAUGAGUAUUCAUAUCCUUGGCACUGGUGCCAUUGGCUGUCUGCUAGGUGCUUCUCUAAAAUCUACAAAUAACAAGGUUACGCUUUUGCUUCGUUCCAAGGCUCAUUACGAAGACUUUCGCAAUCGUCAAAACAGUAUUAUAUACCGUCGUGAUGGGCAACACCAGGUGAUCUCGGGCUUCGACGCAAGUAUAGCUGACGAUACCACAGAUACAUCCCCUAUUUCCUCUCUCAUUGUUUCUACCAAAGCAAACCAUACACUGAAAGCAUUGAAACCUAUUGCCUCACGCUUGACGCCCGAGAGCACAGUUUUAUUGCUACAAAAUGGUAUGGGUGUAGCAGAGCAUUUAAUGGAAAAUCUUUGGCGAAAUGAGUCCAAAGUACCUAAUGUGAUGGUUGGCGUAAAUCGACACGCUGUUCAGCGUCUAGCUCCCUAUAACAUCCAUCAUCAUUCAGGCUAUACAGAUCCAAAUGCCUUUCGUAUUGGUAAAUUCCCAAAUAGCAAUCCUACUCAAAAAUCGGAAAUGAUUGACAAGAUUGUUGCUAUCCCAAAUUUUCAAGCCGCUGUAUUGCCCUGGAAGAAACUAAGAAAGGAAAUGUUGACCAAGUUAUUUAUCAAUUCGUGUAUCAACGGCGUAGCUUCUGUCUUGAUGUGUAAGAACAAAGGCGUCAUUGCCAAUAAUAACCCUGGAGGUAUUGCUAUGAUGAGAGCCAUUUGUGAAGAAGCUUACGAAGUGUUCAAGGAUGAUUUACCUGGAGAAACAAUGGAAUCUAUGAUGGAUGUUGUUCUUAGAGUGAACAAAGAAGCUGGUGAAAACACCUGCUCUACAUUACAAGAUAUUCAAAACCGUCAAAUCACCGAAAUUGAUUACAUCAAUGGAUAUAUUUGUAAGAUGGGAAACAAGAUGAACAUUAACACCAAAUCGAAUCAAGCUAUUGUUAAUCUUAUUCAUGCCAGAGAAGUACUGUAUUGAAAAUAAAAUAUAUAGAUAUGUACAUGUGGCAUGCUGAACCUUUGCUUUUGAAGUAAAUGCAUUUAAGAUUUUAAUCAAGAAAAGAUUGGCGCCAAGUUUAUAGUUUCCAGUCAAGAGCUUUUCUUUUAGUUUUUCAGAAGAAUGCAUCACUACAGACAUUACAGCAACUGAGCAAGUGGAUCAAUUAAAGAAAAAAGGUUGAUUUUUUUUUAAUUGAUUGAUCACUGCUGUAUUAUGGAUCAACACUGUAAAUAACUUUUAUCCUUCUUUCAAAGGCUUAGCACAGACCUUACAAGCAAACUUGUGCUAAGAAAACUAUUAUAAAUGCCGUUUGUUUAACUAUUUAUUCUUUUAAUUGGGGGUUAGUUUUAUGAAAGUUGAAUGCGGC